CGGAAACGUACGUCAUCAUUUUGUGUACGUAGCGCGCGUGAUAUCGAGUGACCGCAGCUGCCAGAGUCGUCUGGGUGGUGCGAGGGGGAAGGGAUUUCCUCGGAAUGUUACUCAUUUUGUUCACAGAUUGUGCGUUAUAGUACGCAGCUUUAAAAUGGGCUUUUUUGCCUUUCUGAAGUCCAAACUUGGCAACAACCCAAGUCGCAAGUUGCGCAUUCUUCUACUGGGAUUGGAUAAUGCUGGAAAGACGACCCUUUUACGAGGCAUGGCCAAGGAAGACAUCAGUCACACGACACCCACGUUGGGAUUCAACAUAAAAACGGUCACGACGCAGGGAGUGCACCUGAAUGUGUGGGAUAUUGGAGGACAGAAAACAAUCCGUCCAUACUGGAAACAGUACUAUGAGAAAACAGACGUUCUCAUCUAUGUGAUAGACAGUGCAGAUAGCACGCGCUUGGAAGAAACUGGAGAGGAGCUAAGCCAGCUACUGGAAGAAGAGAAACUCUCUGGCGUUCCGCUGCUGGUUUUUGCUAAUAAGCAGGACUUGAUCAGUGCUGCGACAGCCGCUGAUAUCGCAGAGGGCUUGAAUCUACAUACCAUCAGGGACCGAGCGUGGCAAAUCUGCGCCUGCUCAGCAAUGACUGGGGAGGGUGUAGAGGAGGGCAUGGAUUGGAUAGUGCACACUGUCAAAUCUAGAUAGCACCCAACACAUCCCUAUGUACACUGCAGGACAUGCGAUGCAAUGAAAUCGAGACCUGAAAUCUGCAGGAUACCAUUGUCAAUGGACCCUUCCUGCCUGUCGUAAUUUGUGCGCAUUGACCAAUCAGAUCAAGACUUUGGGUCAUGUGACCAUGUGGUGAAACUCAGGCCGCAUCCAUAUCUCUAGUUUUAGAGCUAAUGGCUAGGUCUUCGCCCCUUACCACUACGUGGGAACAAGCUGACAAUAGACAAAGCUGUAGUUAUGGAAGCGCAUUUAGGAACUGUAAGAAAUUUACACAAACCAAAGGUACAUGUAGGCUGGGCAUGGCCCAAUCAGGAAUGGUCCAUUGGUCUCGCCAUUCCGACUCUACAAUUUUAACUCCUUCACAUGUGGUCUGUCCUACAUGGAAAGUGUGAGAAUGCUGUGUAUGAUUUUGAAUUUUUUGCAUCAGAAGGCAAAGAUGGACCAAAAUUUGGAUCCCUAAAAAAGCCUCACAAGUGGCUUUUACGUGGUGAACUAGGUAUUGGUAUGUAGUUUCACCAUGAUUAAAGUCAAUUUGAGAUCAAAGUUGUCUUUGAAAAAAUGUAUUUAUUUAAAAAAAGAAUAAAUUUGAAGUGGGUGAGAUUCCUAAAAUAGGUAGGUCCAUAUCCAUACCGUCUUUGAGUCUUGCUGGAUUGCAAACAUGUUUCUAGAUU